CCCCCCAAGCAAAGUAAAUAUGAGUUCCGCGGACAAAAACAGUGAAGUUGAGGUGGAGAAUGUUGCCGCCGCCGAGGAGAAGGCAGAAACCAAGGAGGUGAAAGGAGUCAAGCGGCCCGCCGACGAGAAAACCGCCGAAACGAAAAAAGUAAAGAAGGAUGAAAAUGGUGCCGGCGAAGAAGAGGAAGAAGUGGAAGAUGAAGGAGAGGAACUAGAGGGAGAGGAUGAGGAAUAUGACCUUCCAUACGGCGACGAGGAAGAUAUUGAGGCGGAAGAUGAGGAAGAGGAAGAGUGUGAUGAAGUUGAGGGCGAGGAAGAGGAAGAGGACGCGUAAUGAACGAAAGUGCAUAUGUGAGAGUGAGACUAACAAAAAACAAAAAAAAAACAAAAUAACUCUAGUAAUAGGUGAUUUAUUAUUUUGAAUUUGCGUUAGUGGGAGUGGGGGAGAAGCUGCAAGGAGGAAGUAUAUGCAUCGAUGAAAACGAU